AUGCAUGAGGGGGAAACCCUCGAAAAUAUUCCGAGAGAAUGGUCUGGGGGUGGAGUUUCGACAGAUCUUUCCUUGGCACCACCUAGCAGUGGGGGAAAAGAGCCCCCGAGAGUGGAGGAUGGGGAGAGCAACAGCAAGCUGAGGUUCUCUGCAAGGAACCGUUCUUCGAUGGGUGCCUCUGACGAACUGAACGAGUCACGGCCCCAGGUUCCCAGCUUCUCUCUCCAACCUGUAGAAGCAACCAAACCCCCACAGGCACACUUCACCCGUUCGAGCAGUGUCCAGGAACUGCUAACCCUAGCCACUCUUGAGACCGGGCCCUUGUCUCCUUUUCGGCGCGCUCUCACGUUCCCCAAAAACCAUGUCCCAAAACCCUACGCGGCCGCGAGUCACCAGCCGACGGAGCAGUCGAAGCGCGCUUCGAGCCCGGUGCUUUCCCAGCCCUCUUCCGCUGUCACGUUUGAUUCUCUGGCACCCAGCUUCGGACCGCGAACCUCCUUUGAAGCAGGCCAACCGCAACAUAAAGAGAGACGCGAAGAACCUGGAAAGGUGGAGCGGUUUGGGGAACAGAGCUUGAUUACACGGAGUUUGCAACCGGGUAGUUUUCGGAGGGGGUUUGAACCGGGCGGUGAUGGCAGGGGUUUCGAGCCACGUGGUCCUGCCCGGGGGUUUGUACCGGAGAGAGAAACGAUACAGGUUUUAUCUGCUAAUGUACCAAGCGGUUUCAUGGGCCGGACAGCAGCCCCCGCGGUUUGGGAUCUCAACUCCGCAGAGCAGGCGAUGGAGCAGGCGGCCCGGGAAGGCGCGAGCGCGCGCGCGGGCGCGAUCGCGUUGCCGCUCAAGCACGCGCAUCCCCCUGCUAUUGUGAUGGGCGCGCGCGCGGAGGCGACCGCGGUGCCGCUCGCACCCGCGCAGGGGUCUUUUGCCGCGCGCAUGCCCGUCUGGCCGGGCGCGCGCGGUGCCUCGACCACGGGUUAUGAUUUGGGGUUAGGGAAGGAGGGGCGGAAACGCGACUUUGGGAUGACGGUGGUGCGGCCAAACCUGGUGACCGCGGCCGCAGAGAGCGCCCCGGCCGCGUCGCAAAACCCUCUCCUGGAAGCGGGUUCGAAGCUUUUCCAGGCGGGGUUCGUCAGCGGCUACGAGGCGACCGCGGCUGGCCGCGCGCGGCCGCCGAGUGACGAGGCGCGAAGCGGCGAAGCAAGGAAGCUGACGCUCUGCAAAGUGGUGGAUCCCAGAACGGGUUUCCUGGGGCCGACGGUCGACAUGUGGGCGCCCCCCGUCGGGGUUCCGGAGGGCGCGGCUGCGCAGGGCGCGCCGCGGCCGCCGUCGGACCCGUUCACGCGCACCUUGCCGCACUCGGGGGGUCUGUUCUUCACGGGCCCGGUCGCUACCGGCACACCGGGCGGUGCGACGCGGUUAGAGGUGUUAGCAGCGGCGGCGGAGCAUGCAACCGACGGAAAUCUCGCGGGGCAGACACUUUCCGGCGGAACCCACCGGAGCGGAGAAGCGGCUGGAAAUCCCCAACAGGGAGGCAACUUGUUCGGCGCCUUCAGAGCGUACCAGCAACGGGUUCACGGUUCGGAAGAAACUUCAGUUCGGGGGGGUGUGCCCAGAUUGAAUCCUGUCGCUCUCCCUUCCGGUUUCAGAGACCCCCAGCGCGGCGCUGUUCCGCUUCCGCUUCCGGUUCCGGUUCCGGUCCCCGAGGUCGUCCCGGAGGGGCCUCCCGGGGCGGGACAGGUUUUCCGGCCCUGGCACGUGCUUCCGAGGCCGUUCGCCAUUCCGCCGCCGCUGAAUCUGGAGCAAGAGAUGAGGUUGGCGAAGGAGGGGAACAAACGAGCAGAGAGUUCGCACGACAGCGAAGAGCAGCCCCGCAAGCGGCGAACCAAAGAAGGACAGGUGGCAGAACCAACCGGACAGGUGUACAACUGUCGUUUCUGUGGGCAGGCGUUUGACAGGCCGACGGCGCUUGGAGGCCACAUGAACUGCCACAAAGAAGAGCGACGUGAAGAGAAGAUGCGCGAGUCGUUGGAGACGCUGUCCUCCGGCCGCCCUCCCGGGCGCUUAUUCGUCGCGUGGGGGCCCUUUCACCGCUCCGACGAAUAG